AUGAUAUCUAAGCGCCAGCUUCCUGUACGCCUUUUUGAUUGUCCCUUCAUCUGCAGCGGGGUCUACGCCGAGAGUCAAGUAUGGAUCCUCCGUAAGCCGGCGCAUCGCUGCUCCCAGGACCUAUGUGGACCCGACGGCGAAACGAUUGAGGAAGGGGGUAAAUGGAAAGAGAGCGCCAAGGACCCGGAGGUGUGGUACAACAAGGUCGAGGACGGGGCGGCAUGGUUCAUGAGGAAAUGGCACAGGCAGGAGGCGGAAGCGUCCGCGAAGCGCCAGCGCGCGAGGGAAGCAGAAGCAGAGAGUACGGCCAUCUCAGGACCGAAGAGAAAGAGAGUCGGGGAAGCGGCGGUAGGGGGGAAGAAACGGCGACCGGGCACUGCUGUAGAAGCGAGUAGGGUGGCCGAGGCAGCACUUGUGGCGAACUACGUACCCGGCUGAUGUUGUUGCGCCCUGUUUCCCUCCCUGCUGUACGCUAUACUCCUUUAUGUAUGUCCUUUGUAUUGCCUUCGGCCUCUGUGCUGUGUUUCUUUUUUUCAUGACCUCCCUGCCUACUCUGCUGUGUUGGGUACCUUGAUCUCGCUUUUGCUGUUGCCUUUGUUUUUGUACGUCUGGCUGUCUGCCCAUCUGCCGCCUCUUUAUCCUGUUUGCUCCGUUACUCCCAUGCCCUGGUGCGUAGUGCCUGGUGCUGGUACGUUACCCUUUGAUUUUUCUUUGGGCGGGUGUGGGAAGCGUCCUCCUUUAUUUUUGUUAUUUAUUGUUAUAUUUUGAUCGGUUUCCGAGGGCUCUUGUCUCGAACGGUCGGUGCGAUACCUGUCCUUUUCUUUCUUUCAUUUU